UAAUUGCUUGCUCAUUUUCGACCCAAAGGAUCCUUCAGCUGAGCAAUACCCGAACGAAAGAUGCCGGUGUUCCUGAAUUUGCGCAAGUGUUUGUAAUUUUUUGGCUCGGCGCGGUGUCAGUAUCACUCUCUGUAACGGCCUCUACGUGGCUUUUGGUUGUGCGUCUGCUGAUCGUCCUGGGAGGCUUGACUUAUUCCAUAUUUGCUUCAGUUGCCUUCAUCAGGCCUAGUCACUCAAGGAAUCGUGUUGCUCUUGCCGUUUAUCCUCUUUGCCUCUUCUACUUCUUUAUUGGCUGGCUUAUCUUCGUAAACACCGGACCGACGUCGAUGUGA